AUGGGUGUCAUUUAUUUAAAACAGUGUGUAGAGCUCCAUGUGCUGUUUGUACCAGAUGAACAGUGGAAUUCAAGGUUAAAUAAAGUGUCAGUAGACGCCAUAGACAGCUUUAUCUCAGCAGGCUUCAUCAGGGUGUAUCCAGAUAUAAGUCUUAAAGCUAUUAGAGAAGAGCUUGGAUCUUUAUUUGGACCUGACAGGGUCAUGGAUAGAUAUUGUUUUUUAAAAUGUGUGGGUAGAAGCUUGGCUUUGGUCAAAGCCAAACAGGAGAAAGACUUGAAAGCAAAAUCUUUUGCUCCACCCUAUUCCCCUUACCCGGAGCUGUACCUGCUACAGGUGGAGGACAUCAGCAGCAGCCUUUCCUCCAGGUCUCUUAGCUCAGACACAGUUAUUUACAACACUGACUCUCAGGCGUGCUGCCCUCCCAGACCUGCUUUUCUACCUGUCCAGACUAAAGAACCUACAAAGUUUCCCUCAAUCACACAAGGGACUAAACAGUGUGUUAUUGAUGUGAGUAUGGAGGAUGAGUGUAGCUCUACUUCCCUGGAGGAAAGGGAGGAGGACUCUCUAGGUUUGGAAAAAUCCUCAUGGACCAGCGGUCACAAAAUGUACUGGAAAGUUCAGGAGGAGCUGAUGGCAAAGCAGCAUGGGGAUGAGCUGCUAAAAGAAUUCAGACAGGUCAAAGAAGAGAAAAAACAACUAGAAAGAACAAGACAGGAACUUCUGAGAAAGGGCAAAGAGCUGCUAGCUCUGAAUAGACACUAUAGAAACCAAGCACGGGACAAAUGGAAGAAAAAGUAUUUUGACACCAAAAAGGCCACGGCACCAUUGGAAGAAACCUUAAAAAGCCUUCGUCAGGAACUCGAGACGUUUUACGACAAACUCUUUCAACAACUGCAAGCCAGAGAUGGAAAGAACAGACAAAAACGACGAGGGAAACUAUCAAACACAAAGAAUGACCUUAUAAUUCAGAUCAUGACUGAGAGUUGUGAAAUAGAAAAGCUGAAGAAAAACAUUGAUGAUGCCAAAAUAAAGCUUGCAACGGAAAUUAAGCUGAGAAAGCAGGCUGCUUCAGAGCUUCAAGCCCUUAAAGCUGAACUGGCUCAGAAAAAAUCUCAGUGCUCAUACAAUGGGCCUCUCUUAAGUUCAGCUCAUCUCUGA